UGAAAGCUUUAUCACAUUUUGUUAACACUAAUGAAAGCGUGAAAACUGAUUAUGAAGCAUUUGCGCAAAAAUAUAGGCCGUUUUUUUUGACAAAGUUUAAACUAAAAAGUAGAGAAAUCAUUAACUUAAAUAUUUGAUUAAUAUAUCAUUGAAAUACGUAUUCAUUUUCUUGUUUGAAUAUAUUUUAUGCAUAUAUUAUAUCUUACUAUUUGACGUUUAACUACAAAAAUAUCAUAUUAUUUUUAAAUAAACCUUCAUCAUGCAAGUGCUUGUGUGUAGUACUGACGUACUUUUAUUUCAUUAAGUGAUAUUUUAUAAAUUCAUUUAUAUUCUUAAUGAUGUACAUUAUAAAAUACAUCUUUAAAAAAUGAAAUACGUAAAGUUAAUUGAAAAACAAGAAAAUGUAACUGUGAAAAUGAACGAUGUUGGAAGUUUACGACAUCAUAUACGAAGAUAUAUCUAGUCUGUAGAUGUAAAUUUUAUUAAUAUUGCAUUAUAGUGGAAUUAUUAAAUUAUUCCAUCAUGUAUAGACGUUUCAAAACGUUAUAAUUGAUUUUUAAAUCAAAACAAAUAAUACUCCUUUCAGGCGUGUUUCAUUGAUAGAAAGUAUCUUUCAAAAUAAAUACAAUUUUCAUAAACAAUGUAUGCAAAGAUUGCAUAUGACCGAAUCCGGGAGAACAAAAGAAUAUGAAGGCCGUAAACUUAUAGGGUUUUCAAUGGAACAAAUAUAUGAUGUUGUAGCGGACGUUAAAAAUUAUAAACAUUUUGUACCAUUUUGUAAAAAAUCCGAUGUUAUAUUUAAAAGCGACGAUAUUCUCAAAGCUAAUUUAGUAAUAGGAUUUCCACCUAUAAAUGAAAGUUACACUUCAAAAGUAACAAUGGUACAACCGCGUUUAGUAAAGGCAGAAUGUACCGAUGGUAGAUUAUUUAAUCAUUUAAACACACUGUGGUUGUUUAGCCCGGGAUUAAAAAACAACGCACAAACUAGUGUUAUUGAUUUUUCUUUGUCAUUUGAAUUCAAAUCAAUCAUUCAUUCGCACUUGUCAAAUUUAUUUUUUAAUGAAAUUGUAAGACAAAUGGAAAAUGCCUUUCUCGCCGAAGCUAAGCGUAGGUAUGGACGACCUUGUAUAAAAACAGUACGAUUAGAAAGAUGACACAUAGUAAUAUGUUAAAUUAUUAUUGAUAAUGUAUAUUAUGUGUAUAAAUAAAACAAUUGUUUAAGUUAAAUUAACAAA